GGAGGCUUUCGAUCAAAGCGCGUGGUAGAAUGGCACGGGGACAAAGGUCUUGCUGUACACAAUGGAUGUUCUCGGCAAAAUUAAAGCGCGUGAAAUCAAAGCGUCCACACUCGACUAACGAUCACCUCUGCGAAUUGGCCAUGUAUAAAUCUCUUCGCAUGCGUGGCCGUUCUCAUCGCCUCCCCUUCUUCUCAGUCAUCCGUGUCCUCCUGUCUUAUCUUCAUUGAUAAUGGACGUGGCUGGCGCCCCACGUUAUGUGGCUAUGGAUGCCCAGAGGUUCGAUCCCAUGCGUCGCACGAAAAAGCCUCUGAAUUUCGCGGCGAUCACAGGCAAUGAGGAUAUGGGGCAGAUGUUGAGCAAGUUGCUGCGCACUAGUACGCAAAUGGAGGACGCAGUGGGGGGUAUUUGGGAGGAUCAUGAACUAGUCUUCGUUCCCAUCGAGCUUUGCUCUCGAACUGACACUCUGACGUCCUCUGCUUUGGGCUCAAGCUCAAUGAGCUCUUCGUCUUCCGAGUCCACCACGCCAACCACAGCCUCAUAUGGAACCUCACCAUCAUCUUCAUUCGGUAGCGAUAACGGGACUAGCACUACUCCCCCUUCUUCGCGUCAUACGGAAGGGCACGAGCGAGACAGCCUCGUCAUAACUCGUACCAUCCUCCGACCAGCUCCACCGUCCAUGAGCGCCAGCACUUCUCCCAGACCUCCCAGCCUUAUCCCUUCCCGCUCGAGUCUCCCACUUCUGCGACUCUUGAAUUCAGUGCUCAAGGCUUUCAGUUGUAUCAGCGGACGCACCUUUGAUGACCUCCCGGCGAGGGAACCGGAGCACGCGGCCAGGCAGCCAGUGCUCCAGGUAAUAGUGACGCAGACUCGUGAGCAAUACGAGCACGACAUGGCUUUCAAGGAAGCCGCGCAGGAAAUCUGCCCCGAGGCCUUCUCUGGCAGAAGUCAAAGCUGAGGGCAUAUACCAAACCAACAAAAGUAUUUAUCACUAU